UAAAAAUGAAGAGGAUUAUUUUGUUAAUUUCACUUAUUGUAGCCUUUUAUUCUUCAUGUACUAGUGCUAGAACAACUCCUAAUCAAGUGUUGCAGGUGGUACGUGACACUAAUGGUGAAAUUCUCAGAUCAGACUCUAGGUACUUCGUGGUCACGCCACCAGUAUUAGCCGGAGGAGGCGGCGGAGUAAUCAGAGGGCCCAUAUUAGAGGCUGAAGAUGGAGCUCGUGAUGCUAAUUUCGUCUGUCCGUUUCAGGUGAUGCAAACCCCGCUAAAUUCGGACCAAGGCAGGGCAGUAUUUUUCAAACCUAAGGCACCAAAUCAAAUAGAAAUCACUGAAUCAAGUGAUGUUAACAUUAAGUUCUAUCUUGACAAUCCAAUUGGGAUGUGUAACAACACAGUGUGGGAAGUAGAAGGUAAUAUCCCAGGAACUGUAUUGAACCCAGCUUUCUUGUCGACUAAUGGUGGAGAGACAGGAAAUCCUUCCAAAGUGAACACUUGGUUUCAGAUUAAGAAAUUAAAUGACGAUGAUAAUGCUAAUCCUAUGUACAUUUUGGUGUUUUGUCCUAAUAAUUAUGAAGACACAUGCAGUGAAAUCACCAUUCAUUAUGUCUACGGACAAAGGCGUUUGGUUCUCAAAAUUGGCGAUAGCUUCCCAGUUGUGUUCGUUAAGGAUAAUAAUUACGGAAUAAAUUCGAUUGUAUGAUCCGUUUGUUUGGACGAAAAUGUAUGAAUGAA